AAUGAUGUUAAAUAAUGAUAAAAGGUGGAGAUCGAAGUACGUGUAUUCUCAAUAUAGAAGCACAAAAGGCUAGCGAGAGAGUGAAGGUUUCACGAUGGAUUCAAAAAUCGCAUUUAAACUUGGAAGAGUCGCUGGGGGUGAAAAAACCGGCGACUUUACGUAUAACCUACGUCCAUUUGGCCACGGUCAUGACGACUGGAUCGAUCGAUUGAACAACAUAAUCGUUCCUUUCUUUCUGGUAGUGUUCGCUGUGUAUAUUGGGACGGAGUACCUCUUCUCUGGUCCCCCUAUCCACUGCUGGUGUCCGGCGGAAUUCACAGACACUCAUGUUGAUUACGUGCACCAUUUCUGUUGGAUCCGAAACACGUAUUACGUACCUCUGACACAACCCAUCGUAGAAGAAGCGCGGAAAAAUGAAGAGGUAGUGUAUUAUCAGUGGGUAUCAAUUAUUCUAUUAUUCAUGGCCCUGAUGUUUAAGCUACCCAGUGUAUUCUGGAGGCUAUUUUACAAAGAUUCUGGGAUCCAGAUUGAUACGAUUUCACAAACAGCCGCACAAUCGCAAUGCAUGUCCUGGGAUGAGCGGAACCAAACCGUGAAAAAUAUAGCUUGUGAUUUUCAAAGAUGGGCUAGAGUCCGCGCUCCUCGACAGAGAGGACUAAAAUAUCUGAAAUCUUUGUUCUCAAAGCGGUCGGGAUCCUACAUUGUUAGUCUGUAUUUUGUACAGAAAUGUUUAUACUGUGCUAAUACCAUUGGUCAAUUCUUCCUAUUAGACGCCUUUCUGGGACACGAUUUUUACCUCCAAUAUGGCACGGACUUUUUCAGUGGCAGCGUGGGAAAUAGUACUAUGGGUUUGGCGCGCUUUCCCAGAGUUACCAUGUGUGACUUCAAUGUACGCCAGCUUCAGAACCUGCCGCGCUGGACGGUUCAAUGCGUGCUUCCAUUGAAUAUGUACAACGAAAAAAUAUUUGUCUUUCUGUGGAUUCUGUACGCUUUGGUAGCCUUUCUGACGUCAGCUAAUCUUCUGCUUUGGAUUUGGCGCCUCAUGAUUCAUCGAAACAGGGUCGCUUACAUCCAAAAGUUUCUAAUGAACUGUGAAGGCAAAACUAAAGACCCAACCAAAGAAAAGCACAUUCAGAGUUUCAUUCAAAAACAGCUCCAUCUGGAUGGAAUAUUCGUCUUACGGAUAGCAGAACGAAACACAGGCGCGGUGUUUAUAAUGGACUUGGUGCAAGAACUAUGGGCUGUGUUCGAUAAACGAUAUGAAACUCGUUAGGUGAUCAUGUGGGGGCAUAAGGCAUUAAAAGAGAUUUGGGAAUUUGAUACAUGCAUGUACCUACAGGACAACAAAGGAUCCACUCAUUGCAUUGCAUUGUGGGAUUACGUAAUGUCACCUAUUUAACCACUGACGUAAGGAUUGGUUAAAGAAAGUACGGUAGAAAUAAAUUCGAAAAUCAAGUCUAUAAUUCAUUAAAAUCCGUUUUUGAACAGUUUAUUGGUAUGUUUGUUUGUUUUUUAAGUCCAGGUCAAUGCGCAAAAUACCUAUUCAAAAAUCGUUAUUUAUGGAAACGAAUGAAGGAAUAUAUCGCCCUUUCCUAUGACGUCAUCUGAGACAAUUGUGGUUGUGUACACAUAUUACGCCAUGCACUAUACUAAUUAUCGUUCUAAUAUCUGUUUCAAUUUCAAUUCAUUUAUUCUCAUAAGUCAAUCAACAGGACAUAGAGAAAUAUAUAGGCAAUCACACUAAUUAUAUUUAUGCAUGCGAGUUGAGGUACAUAUAUACGUUUACAAAAAUGAAUAUUACAAAAUAUGAUUGGCAAAUUGACAUCAACUUGGAGGGUUGACCACCUCAUUUAUAGUGUCAAUAAAUCCUAGAUAAAUUCAACAGCAAUUUAAAAUUCUUAGAAGAAAAUAAAUCAUGAAGUUUUAAAAUAUUUGGUCUAUGAUGAAAUUUUUGCGGUGUGUACAUUUUUCGAAAGUCUUUAAAAUUUUCACAUGUAAAAAUAUAAUGAAAUUCGUCGCCUAUUUCAGAAUAACACAAUUUACAUUUUCUAUCUGCUCUGGGAAUGCCAGACCAUCUCCCAGUUUCUAUUGAUAAGCGGUGGUUUGUCGUUUUGAAUCUUGCAAUUUUACGUAUUCUAUAAAUAUCCAAAUUUGAUAAGAUAUAAUUGUGACAUUUAAAUUCAGAAUUUAUAAAGAAGUUGUAAAUUUUACCUUUGCUGCAAUUACAUUCUGACAACCAUUGCUUCUGGAAUUGAUCAUAUAAUUUUUGUUUUAAUGAGUUUACAAGACACCUUUUGUUUUGUACAUAUUGAAAUAUCCAUAUAAUACUUAAGCCACAAUCAUCAAUAAUGCUUUUAACAUUUUUUAUCCAUUUUAUUUUGAUACCAUUUAAAUACUUUUUUAAAAAUAAAUAUAUAAGCUGAUAAAAUAGAUAUGACAAUUUUGUUUCUUUGCCAUUGACAAUAUUGGCCCAACAAUUUAUAAUUCUGGUUUUGAUAUAGAUAUCUAAUGGGUAUCUGCCCAAUUCUCCAUAUAUCAUAAUUUUUUAUGUAUUUUGCUUCAGAUUCAACAGAAUUCUACAAAAUUUUAAUGUACCUUCACAAUAACAUCGUUAUUACCAAAACCCCAUAUUUCACAUCAUCCAUAUAUCAACAUUUUAUCAAACAAAUGCAAUUGGGCUGUAAUCGAUAGAUUUAGGCUUCACACCUUUUUAAAGAUUCCACACAUAGCGUUUGGUUUCAUUGAAGGAUCCAGAUCUGGAGAAGAAAACACCCAGGUGCUUAAAAUGUUUGACAAUAUCUAGCUCUUUGCCAUCAUAAAAGAAACGACAGUUACUAGGCAAUCUACCUUUUGAAAAAAUCAUAAUUUUUGUUUUAUCGACAUUUACUUUACUGCAUCAUCAGCAUAAAGGAUGAUCAUUAUUUUCAAAAAUACAUUUAGCUCAUUUUCCAUUUCUUCGGAAAUUAGCGUAACCCCCUCAACAUUACUAUCAAUAAGGUAAUUUUUAAGGUAAUUCAAAAACAAGGCAAAAAGGAUGGGGGAUACACCGAUUUUACAUGGAAAAUAAUUUGAAAAUUCAUUAUUCAAAGCUAUUCUUGAUUUACAUCCAUUGUACAUAUUUACAAUAACCGUAAGGCAUUUGCCUGCAAUGUUUUACUGUGAUCAUUUACGCCAAACACUAUCAAAAGCACCUUUGAAAUCUAUAAAUGAACAAAAAAGUUUCUCUUUCGGCAGAAAACACAACUCAGUAAGCGAAUAUAGUACACACAUAUUAUCAAAUGUAGAAUAUUUGUCUCUAAAACCUGUUUGAUUUUUCUUCAGUACAUCAAAAUUUUGUGAGAAAUGGCCAGUUUUAGCAACACCGUAGAUAGUGACGGUGAAAUCCAAGGAUACAUUUGAGUUUAAGGAUUCAACCUUAUAUGUUUGUACCUGCACCCGUUUCGAAACCACCAGAAAGUGAUUGAUAUAUAUAUAUAUCUCAUCGGAAUCUCAGCUAGAAAUUAUUCACCGGGCCAGCCCACAAAAAAAUUGGGAAUGAUAUUGGAAAUAAUGUUUUACCUAAAGAUAAUUUUUGUAUUUUACAAGGAAAAAAACCCCGAACAAUUCCCAACUGUUGGCAUGAAAACCAUAAUACUGUAGCGAUGAUGGAUGAGCGGAUCAACGGAUCUGAAAACCAACACCUAAUAUACAAUACCUUGCUAUAAUGUGUUUAAUUAUAUAUAUUUCAUUGUAAAAUGCUUUUUUGAGAAAACAUUGUGCACAACGUUAUUUAAUUGUAACCCCCCCCCUUUUUUUUUUUUUUUUUUUUUUUUUUUUUACAUAGAUACAAUAUCAUAGAAAGUAAAUCAUUAGUACAUGUAGUUUCUUCACAGCACACGACAAAUGCGAAAUUGAAAUAUUACGACACAGAGUUAACGAAUUGUAGCAUUUUGAGGUUCGAAAUUUUGCCUUGAAGAUUCAUAAUAUAAUAAUCAAUGUAUCACAGUUUGCUUAAGUAUCUUCAGAAAAUUUUAUCCACUGAUGGUACCGGUGAAGUUUAGUCAUUCCGCGGCAAUGAAAACCACACCGAGUGCUACCCAUAUAGUGUACCUCAGAUACGAAGAACGGGAAAAUCAAUUAAUAUACUCCCGAUGGACGCCAAUUAUUCUGGUCAUCAUUUAGGCCAAGUCGUACUGUGCAAGAUACCAGGUUUCUUUUGGGUGUUUAUUUUAUCAGAGUUCUGAAUUCCUUUUGGAUAUAAUUUCACAAACGCGAUAUCAAGGGACUGAUUCACGAUUUUACCCAAAAUUUUGUUUUUUCACUUUUAAUGAUCAAAAUUUACUGUCUAAUGUGUUUGAAAGAUUUCACAUGAAAAUUAAGGUUAUACAUCAUCACAGAAGCUCAUUUUAGAGAGUUUAUUAUUUGUUUUGUAAGCAAAGAUUGCGGUAUGCUAUUGUUUACGAAAUUUUGAAAAGAAAUGGAUAUCGAUCAAAGUAUUAUUAUAUCUCUCACAUUUCAAGCAUUUUUGGGGUGAAAUGUGUCAUUUAAAAGUUAAAAUUUGUGACUAUGCAAAAUUAAGAUGCAUUACAUUACAAAAUCAAUAUUUCACUUAUUUGUUUGUUUACAUAAAAAGACCCGAGUCUUUGUUUACAUAACACAUAUUUAAGGCUAAAAUACUGCUUUCAUUCUUGCAUUCAGAAGGUCAAAAUUUUGGCUGUCAACAUUAAAUGAGUUAUGUUUCUAAUGUUUAACAUCAAAAAUGAAAAAUAUUUUUAUCAAAAAUCGUGAACCAGUCCCUUUAAAAGGGAAGCCUCCGUGUUUACUCGGGUUUUGUUUGCUGUUUAUUGGAACGUUUACAUGUCCCGGUUAUCUGUAUUAUUAGGAUAAAUACGGUAAACAUUGUGAACACCGGGGUAAUUUGUAUAACUGUCUCCCUUGUUAUAUAUCCGUUAUAGAUCACGGGAUGCAAACAACCUGGACAGAAGUUUAUCACAAGAUACAUUUAUAGUUUGUAAUAUUCAAGUUUAACAACUUAGACAUAAGUUUAUUCUAAGAUACAUUUAUAGGUUGUAAUAUUUUAAGUUUAAUAACCUAAAUUUAAGUUCAGAUCAGAUACAUUUAUAGUUUGUAAUAUUCAAGUUUAACAACCUAGACAUGAAUUUAUUCGAAGAUACAUUUAUAGUUUGUAAUAUUCAAGUUUAACAACCUAGACAUAAUUAAUUUUAUCCUAAGAUACAUUUAUAGUCUGUAAUAUUCAAGUUUAACAACUUAGACAACUUAAACGGUGAAGUACCACAAAGACCUAUGCUCAGCACUCAGGGCCGUAGCAGCACAGGAUAUCUAAGAUUUUGGAUGCAUCAAAUGAAGUCAGAUAUUGCUGUUUACGCGGGAUUUUCUAUCAUUUUAUAUAUUAAACAAAAUGUAAAUUGGUCAUUAAUACAUAAAAUGCACAUAUAAAAAGACGAUUUUGAAGGAUUUCAAUUUUGGGUAUAAUGGUUUUUAUACUGAAUUUUCAAGUCAAGAUUUUUGAAUACAUAAAUAUACAUUGUAGGUGGUUUUAUAGGGAAAAUAGGUGGUGAAUAUGGACUUUCAUUAUGGAUCCACCUACAUGAUUGAUGCAAAGCUGAUGGCAACGUACUUUAAUGCUGUGGCAUUUAGUUAUUUGAAUUUGAAUACAUGGAUUUGGUAUAGAUUCAAAAAUAGACACAGUAUAGAAUAGCAUUAUUACUCUAUUGUUCGCAUUUGAUAGUCUAUGAACAAUUUUUUUUUUUAAUCGUUUAAAUUUGUGUCUUGUUUUCUUUCUCAUCUUAUAUCAAUAUAUAGCUUGACUGGAUAAAUAUUACAUGAAUUUGAUAUAUGUAAAUAUUGUUUAUAAGUUGGACAGAUUUCAUGCCAUGUCAUAUUAUCAUAAUCAUGCACAAUGAUGGAAAAUGCGAAUAAAAAGAUAGACUGUUCUAAUUUAAUACGAUGCAAAAGCAUUUAGAUAUUAUAAAUAACCAAAAACAAAAACAAAAAAAGAAAAGAAAG